AUGAUCAUUGCAAUACUCUUAUUGACCACAGUUUUUGCAUUUCCCAAAUACAAGCAAAACUUGUUUGUGACCAAACCUGAUUCCCUCAAAAAAUUAGCAUACUAAUUGUCAAUAGCUUCUGAUUUACAGGCUGACGUGGAUCAAGAUCAAGUAUGGAAAUUUAAUCUAAUAAGGUUUGUACUUGGUUGAAAGAAUACACUUUAACAACAGUCUAAGAUGCAUAUUAUACAAAGCUUGCCUCAUCAUUUUUGGAAGAAUGUCAGGUGGAUUACAACAUUGACUUACCAUUGAUUGAUUAAGAUGAUUUCGAAUCAAUUUACUAUAAUUCACUUCUGAACGGGUAGUGUCCAUAAUUAGAAUAUUUUAUCACAGCUGGAGGUGCAGCCAAGCCAUAACUUAAAAAAUAAGAUGACUCAUAUAAAACAGCAGCUCAAGUAUAUCAUCUUGCCACUAUUUGCAACACUAAUUCCAAUGACACCACCAAGAUCCAUUAGGCAAUCUAAGAAGCCAUCUUUAACUUCUAAGAAGUGUACGACGGAGUCAUAGGAAUAUUGGAUAGAGAUAAUUCAGCAGCAGUCACUGCCUCAAUAUUGUACUCAUUUUUUACUUUCAACAUUACCAAUCUCCACCCCAAACUAUAAGACCACCUCUAAAGUUAGAUCUAUCAAUAAACUAUCAUCAACUUCCUCUUCUAAAGAACCACAGUCUUAGGAUCCAUCGAUGAAUAAUAUUGGAUUACUAAAUUAUUCCAAUUGAACCAAGUCAAUUCCAUCAUCUAUCCCAUUUUCUAAGACUACUACUUGGUGAAUAAGGGCAAAGCCUAAAUCAAUAUUAAGUUCGUAAACUUCAAAGGAGAAAAGGCCUAACCAACAGAAGUCUCAGCUUUCAUAGACAAUGAUAAGGAGAAGUACGCAUAUACUCCAAUUAAAUCAAAAGAAUUUAGUGGCUAUUUUGAAGUGUCAACAGUUGGCUCAUUUCCUUUUGAAUUGCAUUUCCCCAAUUUCGUUGUAAGAUUACAUAUUAAACAUCAAGUUUAAACAUACUGUUAAAGUAUUAUAAGAGAUUGAGAUUGAGGAAGUCAUGUUUGAUGUAGUCGAUUCCAAGACUUCAAAACCCAAUUUCCAUCACAGUGUUGAAAGUGGAGAAGUGUACCCUGCCACUCUAAGUGCUAAUGAAAGGAGUUUCCUUCAUGUCAUCAUUAAAGUAAUUAUAACAUUUAAGUAGACUAAAAAUCAUCUUAAAUCAUAAGUUGCCAUCAGACUAGUUCAUCCCAAACAUCCCUCUGCUACCACCUAAGUUUUUGCUGAGUAUGAUACCAAAAGAAAGAUAUUUUAUGGCAUUAUUGAUUUUGGAGAUCCCGAUCAUGUUACACCACUCAAUGCAAUCUAUUAGGUUGAAUUGCUUCUGGCUGAUUCGAAUGUAGUACCUAAAAGAUGGAGUUUCCUCAAAAUUGAUACUAAGUUUUAAGCUUAAACCACCUUCUAAAAUGAUGGCUAUUAUAAAUUGCCUUAGGAAAUCGUUCAUCAAUUCAGCCAAGAAUAGCCUGAAGUUCCAUUCUUUGUAAGUUACCUAUUAUAUUCUAGUUUGUUAUGUUCUUUGUCGUGAUUAUUGUACUUGCAUUUCUAUUUUUCCUCAGAAUCAUCUCAAAUUUAAAACUAAGUUUUGACAAAUUGCCUAAGGACAAUUCAACCAUUGUUUAUUUGUUUAUUGCUUUAAUCAUAGGGUUAUUUGUUGUUCUAACCCUAUUUUGGAUUAAAUUAAAUUUGAUUGAAACCGUAUCAGUUUUAGGAAUCCUAAGUGUACCCUUAGUAGUUGUUGGAAACUAUGCACUUUUAGCGUUAAGAAAAUCAGAAAAAUUAGAUUGAUAAAUAAUAUAUAUA